AUGAAGAUGUGGAUUGUGUUACUCUGCCUGAGCAGCGGACGGACUGGAGCAGCUUCUGGUGUGACCCCAGCGUCCUCCAUUACACCAGUCACACCCACUGAAGACCAAGGCUCCCGCCUGGUGGACUGGCUGAUGAGGUAUGGUUACCUGCCACCUUCAGACCCCUCCACCGGGCAGCUGCAGGCCUGGACCGCCGUCACUGACGCUGUCAGGGCCAUGCAGAGGUUUGCAGGCCUCAGAGACACCGGAGUUGUAGAUGAGGAGACGAUGGCAUUGAUGACAAGUCCUCGCUGCUCCCUGCCUGACCAGGAAGAAGCCUCCAAAGCCGAGGGGAGAAAGCUGAGGAAGAGAAGGGCUGUCUCCAUGUGGACCCGAAGGAACAUCAACUGGAGGUUGCGUUCAUAUCCUUCCUCUUCUCACAUUUCCCGGGAGACCGUUCGCUCCCUCGUCUUCUACGCUUUGAGAGUUUGGGCCGAGCCGACACCGCUGGACUUCCACGAGGUGGGCAGUCCGGAGGCAGCGGACCUGCAGGUAGACUUUCUCCAUGGUUACCACGGUGACGGCUAUCCCUUUGAUGGGGCGGGCGGUGCGGUCGGACACGCUUUCUUCCCCUCAGACCCGGCUCGGGCUGGAGGCGUUCAUCUGGAUGCAGAGGAGGAGUGGACCUUCAGACAGCCAGCCUCUGAGGGGACCGACCUGUUCACGGUUCUGGUCCACGAGUUCGGCCACGCUCUGGGCCUCGCUCACUCCUCAUCCCGCCACUCCGUGAUGAGGCCGUACUACCAGGGUCCUGCUGGAGACCCCCUCCAGUACCGCCUGGGAGCCCCGGACCUGGAGCAGAUCACCCAGCUCUACGGUAAAAGGAACCAGCUGCUGGCGACUGAUGCUCCUCGACUCGCCCCUGAUCCUCGCCACAGAACCCACCAUCAGCACCGACAUGGAACCUCCACAGAUCGCUGUAACACCAUUUUUGAUGCUGUGGCAAAGAUUAGAGGCGAGACUUUCUUCUUCAGAGGCCUGACGAUGUGGAGAGUCAGCAGUGGAGGUUUAGUGUCGGGUCGUGGAGCUUCGGUCAGGAGGCUGUGGAGGAGCUUACCUCCCGACCUGCCUCGACUUCACGCUGUGCUGGAGCGACAGUCAGAUCAUGCUAUCAUCUUUAUCAGUGGUUCCCAGUUCUGGCUGUUCAGAGACCUGACCCUGCAGGAUGGCUACCCUCAGCCGCUGUCUGCUCUCAGGAUGGGGGUCAGCCUGGCUGGACGAGACGCUGAUGAAGAUGAAGAAGCAGGAACAGGGAGGUUUGGUCUGGUCUGGGACCCAGAGGAGGGUCCUGUGUGGGGAAAAAUAGAACCUGCUGAGGAAGAAAUGCAAGAAGACACCUGGACUCGACUGCUUAAGGAGGGAGUCAGCGGCAUCACCACAGACACUGAUGGUUCUGUCUAUCUCUUCAGAGGAGACUCCUACUGGAAGUUCAUGUUCCCGGGCUCCUCACCACAGGACGGAUACCCACGAUCCUCUGCUGCAGACUGGCUCGACUGCACCGACUCAACCUCCCCUGGCGUGGACGACCUCUCCUUGUCUCUGUCUCCAUCUGCUGGACGACAGGAGCUCAGGGGCAGAUGGGCAGAGGAGGAGGAAGCAGGAGGAAGGAGGAAGGCCAAACGUAAACACAUGUGGACACAAUGCACAUGUCAGAAUGGAGCAGACAGAAGAGGUGUGGCUGCCGCCCUGCUGCUGCUCACAUGCACACGGCUGGCUGUUUAAAGCUCAGAGGAACGUUACAAGUCAAGGCUCAUGAGGCUCAAUUAGGAGGCGUGACUGUAAGAGAAGAACAUCUCAUCUAUCAACACUCUGUUAAUCAGGACUCGUUUUAUUACCAAGUAGGUUUCCACAGAUGAGGAAUUAAACUCGGUGUUGUGGUGCAUCACACACCAACAUGUAGAAGUGUCACGAGUCAUCAUUCACCGCUUACAGACAUGACGACAUCCCAUAUUACCGUCUUUCUGAGUGUGAGAUGAGGAGUGUGUUCAGAGCUGGAGACUGGCAGCAGUGCUGUGUGAGGAGCUCCUUCAUCUUUAUGCAGUCUUUGAGAAAAACUGGAACACUGACUUUUUCCAGACAAGGCAGUAAACCUGAGCCAUGCAGCAAUAAAUACUAAUAAUACUGAAUGGUGCUGAUGUUGCCAAUAGAUUACUUCUAGGCAGAAACCAGACUCUGUAUUAAACUGAAUGCAAUAAAUGGGCAUGCAACACUUCA